AGGUACAGGGAGAAAGGUCAUGAUCUAGGCACGGUCUGCUCCACCAAGGUCAUGAUCUUCCAUCUCAUCAGCCUCUGAGUACUCUCAUUUUUCGACUCCAUAUUCGUAACAACCUUCAAAUUUCCAAUCUAAUUAAACCCACCAAAAGUUCCUUGGUAUAUUACGUUUGUUUCAUGAGUUCAAACAAGAAAACAAUGGCAAAGGGACGCUUCACCCUUUAUGUGGAGCGAAACAUGGGAGAGCUCUCACGCUUCAUGGUCUAUGCUGUGCUUGAAUGGGUCUUGAUCAUUCUGCUCUUCAUUGAUGGCUUUUUUGCUUUUGUUGCCAAUGAAUUCGCCAAGCUAUUUGAGCUCAGAUACCCCUGCUGGCUUUGCACCAGGAUCGAUCACAUUCUCGUUAACAGAGGUCGUGAUUUCUAUUAUAAUGAUUCCAUAUGUGAAUCACACAAGAAAGAUGUCUCAUACCUUGCUUACUGCCACAACCACAAGAGGCUAUCCGACAUAAGAAAGAUGUGUGAGGCAUGUCUUCUUUCAUUUGCAACCGAAAAAGAGUCUGAUUUCGACACAUACAAGUCCCUAGUUGGGAUCUUACACAAGGAUCUCGAGUGCUUGGUGGAGGAUGAUGAACAUCAAAUUCAGCUGAGUGUGCCUGCAGCAAGGACAUGGGAGGAUGCAGGGUCGAUUGAGAAGAGUAAGGACAGCAUGACCAUAGGGUGUUCGUGUUGCGGUGCGCCAUUGAAGUUGAGUUCAGCUUCCUCCUACUCAAAAGCAAAGAGUGUUAGCGGGCUAGCGCAAGCUCCUACGCCUUCUCCACGAGCACCCCCAGGGAGAAAUGAUGAUAAUCCUGGUUUGGACUUGCCCCCUAUUCGAUACCCAGAACUCAAGUUUAUGUCUGAUAAUGAGUCUGAGCUUCCAGAGGAUGAGUAUGGAACACAUACGAAAAAUCAAAAGGAAGAUCCGAAAGCUGCUACAUUCCCAUUAUUGUCAGAAGGUGAUGAGUUAACUGAUGAUGCUAAUAGGACUCCUAUAUAUGGCAGAGGAAACAGGUUCUUUGGAAUCCCACUUUCAGAUUCAGCUCAAAAUAGUCCUAGGGUGGCUAUGAGGAUUUCAAAGAAAUCACCACUCGAAAAGAGCGAGUUUGCUUUGGAAUCGGUUGAUGGAAAUCUUCCAAAUGAUGCGGAUUGUGAUUCAAUUUUGCACCGUCUGAAGAGACAGGUCCGCGUGGACAGGAAGUCACUGAUGGCUUUGUACAUGGAACUCGAUGAAGAAAGAAGUGCUUCAGCUGUAGCAGCCAACAAUGCAAUGGCUAUGAUCACAAGGCUACAAGCAGAGAAGGCUGCUGUUCAGAUGGAGGCAUUGCAAUAUCAGAGAAUGAUGGAGGAGCAGGCGGAGUAUGACCAAGAAGCCCUGGAAGCAACAUAUGAUUUGCUUGCCAAGAGAGACGAUGAUCUCAGGGUUUUAGAGGCUGAAAUAGAGGCUUAUAGGGAGAAAUAUGGAUUGUUGAAGGAAUUUGUCUACAAGGACCAAGAUGAGGCUGGUGAAUGUGGUACUCCUCUAAGCGUAAAGUAUGGCGCAAACAACAUGCAAAAUGAUCAAGCCGGGUCAGCAAAGGAGGAAAAUGCAGACGCUGCCCUCGGUGAAAGUUUGAAACCACUAAAAGGGGAGAAGACUUACCUACUUGGGCGGUUCAAGAAACUAGACAAGAUGAGAAACUCAUCAUCUAACGGGUUCUUGCCAGAUGGUCUGAAUGAGGAUGAGAUAGGAAAUGGAAACAAAGCUGCCCUAACAAGGCAAUUGUCGUUGUUGUCUCAUCUUAGUGAUAGAGUGAAGGCUCUUGAAUCUGACACUGGAUUCUUAGAGUAUGCUGCUAAGACACUUGAGAAACAUAGUGAAGGAACAAAACUUUUGACAGAGAUAACUCAAAAUUUACAGAAGCUCCGGCACCUUGUGAAUCUUCCUACUGAAGAACAAAACAAGACGCCUCCGGCGGAACAAAAAAAGGAGCAAAACAAGACGCAUCCGGAGGAAAAAAAGAAGACGCAUCCGGAGGAACAAAAGAAGGAGCAAGGUAAGGCGCCUGUAGAGGAACAAAAGAAUGAGCAAAGUAAGACGCCUCUAGAGGAACAAAAGAAGGAGCAAACCAAGACACCUCCAGAGGAACAAAAGAAUGAGCACGGUAAGAUGCCUCUAGAGGAACAAAAUAAUACGCAUCCGGAGGAACAAAAGAAGACGCCUGCGGAGGAACAAAAGGAGCAAAACAAGAAGCCUCCGGAGGAACAAAACAAGAUGCUUCCAGAGGAACAAAAGAAUGAGCGAAGUAAGACACCUUCGGAGGAACAAAGUAAGACGCCUCUGGAUGAACAAAAGAAGGAGCAAAGUAAGACGCCUUCGGAGGAACAAAACAAGACGCUUCCAGAGGAACAAAAGAAUGAGCAAAGUAAGACACCUUCGGAGGAACAAAGUAAGACGCCUCUGGAGGAACAAAAGAAGGAGCAAAACAAUACGCCUAUGGAGGAACAAAUGAAGGAGCAAAGUAAGAUCCCUUCGGAGGAACAAAAGAAUGAGCAAAGUAAGACACCUUCGGAGGAACAAAAUGAGCAAAAGAAAACGCUUUCGGAUGAACAAAAUAAGAUUCCUCCGGAAGAACAAAACAAGACGUCUCCAGAAGAACAGAAAAAGCAACAAAAAGACCUUACUUCCAUAGUAAAAAGUUGGUUCUAAUGAUGCUAGGAUACUGUCGGUUUUUCGUGAUGCCAGAGAUUCAGAGAAGGUAGAAACGAGAGGUGAAACAGUUUACAUCGCUGACGAGCAAACCCCAUAAGGAAGGACCUGGAGGACCAGCAGGCAUUGCUUGAAAUGUAUUAAUUCAUAGAGUUUUUCUCUUUCAGUAGAGUUGUUGCUUCAUGUAUGGAUCCAAACGCAUAUGAUUUUUCUGUACUUAUAUUCCCUUUCUAAAUAGACAUUUUUUUACCAA